ACACACACACACACACACACACACACACACACACACACACACACACACACACACACACCAGUUUUCAAUUUAUAUAUAAAAAAAAUAGGAGUUAACACCAUUUCUGACAUGUAUUUGGGUUUGUACAGUCUAGCUCGCUCUGGGCCAGACACAAUUUGGCCGGUGUUGUUUUUGGUUCAGUAGAGUGCUAGGGGGUACAAAGCCAUGCCACCGAAAAGGAAAAAAUAAAAUAAAAAAACACGAUAUUUAGGGAAAGUAAAAUUGAACAGUUUGUCUUCUCUCUAACUGACUGUUACUGCUCUCUGCUUUCAGGUCCGGGAACAUCCUCCACGUCAACACCAUCAGAUACAACAACAAAUACAACACCUUCAGACACGACACCCUCAGGCAUGACACCUUCACAUAUACACACAGUGACAACAUCCUCGGAGACAACACCUUCUGUUUUGACAUCUUUAGGUGCAAUCUCUUCGACGACAACUUCACAUAAGCCCACAGGAACAACACCUGUCACUACAGCUCAAACUGGAGGACGUCCUAUCCCGAACACUCCAUGCAAAGAUCUGGUGUUGUAUCCAGAUGGCCAUAACAACUACCUCAGCCAUGGGUUACAAUAUAUCGAUCACUUCUAUGAAAUACCUCCGGGAAGGAAUGGUUUACUCUUCAAUGUUGAGUCAGUGGAUAUAACAAAUCUUGCUGAAAGGAACAAGAGAAUAUAUACCGUUCAGUUCAAGGCUUCAUCGUCUGCACACAUCAGCACAAAUUACAACUCUCUGCUGACCCGAGGCAGCAGCCAUGAUCGGUCACUUCCCUUGGAUGCAAGCCAUGUAAAAUGUGUACAGACGAUGAUAGUUACUAUCAUGGAAGUAUCAUUUAGCCACAAGUCCACAGGUCAACAGUAUCCAGGUUGCAAUGAAAAUGAGCAAAUUCAUGCUGUACCUCCCUACUUUGAAUAUAUCGACACUCACAAUGUGUCCAAAAGACUGUGCUUCACCAGGACUAAUAUCACCUUCGUCACAUAUACAAAUGAGGCGUAUGGGAAAUUUGUCUGGAAUGGAGAUUUGAAUGUUGUUCCUCAUAUACGAAUUGAAGUUAAAAAGACUCCCUACUGCUGCGGAGGAAUUUUCUACGCUAAAUAUGGUGCAGGGCAGCCUCUACGCAACACUCUAGUCACUUCUCCUGAUUAUCCUUUGAACUACGAGGCAGGAAUGGAGUGUCCCUACAUAUUCAGGUGCAUUCCAGAACACAAUGAAGAGAACUGUGCAUUAAGACUCGACUUCAUAGAUUUCCAACUCAAGCCACAAAGUCCAUACAGUGGUCAUUCACCACAUAUGGUGACUGCAUGUGAUGGGGAAGACAGAAUACAAGUGUCUCCUAGCAACAGUAUCAGUGAUGGCACUACGUACUGCUAUGCCAAUCCACCAAAGAGCUCCAUUUGUGCCUACAACCAAAUUCUUGUCCAUUUCUCUGCCAAUGAGGUGGGAGAGGACAGGGGUUUUGUCAUCUCUCUUAAGGCACUCGAAACUAAAGACUGUACCUUCUCGGAUGAGGACAAACACCCAAAGAAUGUGUGUGGUUUAUUUGUACCGAAUGAAAUUAUUGCUCAUCAUCAAACCUUGCAAGAUAAAAAUCAGAGGGAGAAAUACAUUAUAAGAAGAAAGAGAAAAGUGAAGAAGACACUACAGAUAAAAGAGGGAAGAAACAGAGGGGAAAAACAACAGAACAAAGCAUUAGGCAACAACAGUGCAAGGGUGCAACAAAACACAAGAAAGAGUGGAGUGAGGAGAAGAAAGAGCAAACCAGGGAAGAGGGCAAAGGAUAAUGCUCAAGAUGGUAAAGAAAAGAUAAAUAAGACAAAGAAAAAGAAGAGAGUUAACAAAGGAAAUAGACGUGCAAGAAAGAAAAGAAAGAUUCAUAAAGACUCUAUGAAGAAAACAUUGAAGAAAGACAAAUUACAAAACCAGAGUAAGAGAAAGUGGAAAAAGAAGAAGGGCAAAGAUAAAGAGGUGGUUGCAACAACAGAAAAUGGAGAGGCUCAUGAAAGAGGAGGAUCAUCAAACAAGUUCCCUAACCUGGUCACCAUAGUACAACUUGACCUUAAGAAGUCAACAAAAAGGAAACCUAAAGACAAAAAGAAGCGCAGGCCAAAGGUAGCCAGACUGUGCGGUGGUUACAUCAUCAAUGAAAACUUUAUCAUCACCAUUACUUCCUGCUGCACCUACUGUCUUGACAUUUGGAAUAAAGAAUUCAGAAAGAAUCAGCAGACAACACACUCUCACAUCUACUCAAGUAAAGACAAGGAAAAUGGGAAAGGAAAGAAUAAAGGAAAGCAUAAAAAGCACAGGAUAGUUAAUAACAAAAGAAUAGAUGACUCGAGGGGUGAUGAGAACUUCACGUCAAGAACAACAAGAAGGAAUGAAGUUAGAAUAAAGAGAAACACUGCUAGUGAAGACAGGAAGAUGGUUUGGGGCAAAGACAAAAUCACUCACAGCAAUCCUUUGAAGAAAGUCAGAACUAAGAGUAAGAAUACUAAGGAGAAAGACAAAAAAGUAAGAAGAAAGAAGGGCAAGUCUCGCAAGCCAAAGCUAUCUGAUAUAAAGGUGGGGACUGGAAUCCAUACCCGAAAAGGAAAAGGGGGGAAAAGGUACAAAUUUGAACAGGUGGAAAGCAUUUGGAUACCUGAGGAAUGUGCACAGAAAAUGAGGAAGAAAACACGAAAUGGCAAGAAACUGUUCCCAGUGGAGUGUCCUGUUCUGCUGAGGCUGCAAAACAGUCUACAUAUGCCUCAUUCCUCUGCCUUUCCUGUGUGCCUGCCAAUCUUCCAAACCUAUGAUCCCUUCUUCCUGGCUGGAAGCAGUAUUGGCUAUGGCUACACACAUACAAUCCAUAAUCAUGCAGUGGGAGAAAUCAUAAAAGGUAUAGUCAGACUACCUACAAGUCUAUGUGAAGAAAGGCUUAAAGGACAAGUUUUGGAUGAAACAAUGAUGUGUACUUCAGCUGAAGCAGAUCGAUCUAUGUGCCUUGGGGAUGAGGGCACCCCAUUCCUGGUAUAUACAGAGCCUGAAUACGGAUUCAGUGGAUACCUUUCUGCAUACGCAGCCCUGGCUGUUCCAGGAUGUCCUAAAAGUUCAAUCAUAAAGAAAAAGCCAAAACCAAAGAGAUCAGUUGAUGAAGAUCAGCUGGAAGGCAAUGAAGAAUCCAUUCGAAAGAAACACAAAGUGAUCAAGAGCACGAAGCAAAAACUAUCAAGUAAACAGAAACUUAAAUUAUCCAGGGGAAAUGACACAAACCAGUCCAAUAAAACCAUCAAGAAAGAUGAUAACAAAAAUCCUGGAAAGUCAAAGGAUAAGGAAGAUAAAAACAAACAACCUGGAAAGUCAAAGGAUAAGGAAGAUAAAAACAAACAACCUGGAAAGUCAAAGGAUAAAGAAGACAAAAAGAAAAAACAGAAGGGAAAGAAGAAAAAGUCAAACAAAUAUAACAAAAAAAAGACGACCAAUGUAGGAAUUGAUGUCUGGGUGAAGGUAACAGCUUAUGUCAACUGGAUUAUCAAAGUCGUGUUCCAUGGAAACGAUGAUUUGGUAUACCAACGGCUCGUAGAUCACUUUCAUUUGAACUAAUAAUAGAUAAAGACCAGUAGAAGCAGUGUAUUUAUAGAACUGUCUAAUGGUAAAAAGGUAUGGACAAAAUAAGCUUUCUUCAGCAAGUGUUUGAUGCAGUACAGUGCAAUGCUGCAGGCUUCACUAGCACCAGACAAUAUGAAAUAUAGGAGCAUUGGGGAAAGCAGUCUGUCUAAAUUUUUUUAUGAAUAUCCAAUAGUUUUGUUUUGAGAGGUUUAGUGGGUAUGGUUGGGAUGCAUAAGAGAAAAAAUAAAGAGAUGAAGCAGC